CAAAAUUAGAACAAGCACAUAAGAGGAACAACUCCAAGACAGAGGAGGCACUGAAGCUAUGGAAGAUCGAAGAGAGCAGCUCAGAAUUCACCUUGUACGACUUCCCUGAGCUCGCUGCUGCCACGGACUAUUUCUCCGAAGAGAACAAGCUCGGACAAGGCGGCUUCGGUCCGGUGUACAAGGCAAGUGGAUGCGCCAUUUACCAUGUAAUGUGUCCAAUCAAUCGAUCGAAUGCUAAUCUUUUUGGUACCAUUGUGUUUCUUUUCAGGGAAUGUUUUGUGAUGGAACCGAGGUGGCGGUGAAGAGGCUCGCGGCGCAGUCUGGGCAGGGGCUUGUUGAGUUCAAGAACGAGAUCCAGCUCAUUGCCAAGCUGCAGCACACGAACCUCGUCAAGCUCGUGGGUUGCUGCCUGCAGGAGGAGGAGAAGAUGCUGGUGUACGAGUACAUGCCCAACGGAAGCCUAGACUUCUUUAUCUUCGACCAAGAGAGAGGGCCCUUGUUGGACUGGAAAAAACGGCAACACAUAAUCGAAGGGAUCGCGCAGGGGCUCCUAUACCUGCACAAGCACUCACGGGUGCGCAUCAUUCACCGGGACAUGAAGGCCAGCAACAUAUUGCUGGACAAAGAUCUCAACCCCAAGAUCUCCGACUUUGGCAUGGCCAGGAUCUUUGGCUCAAAUGUGAUGGAGGUCAACACCAACAGGGUCGUCGGCACCUACGGUUAUAUGGCACCUGAGUAUGCUUCGGAGGGCCUCUUCUCGGUCAAGUCUGACGUCUUCAGCUUUGGUGUGUUGCUGCUGGAGAUAGUGAGCGGCAAGAGGAACAGCAGCGGUCACGGCCAACACUACGGAGAAUUUGUCAACCUCCUCAGCUACGCAUGGCAGCUGUGGAGGGAUGGGAGAGCGUUGGAGCUGGUAGACCCGUCGCUGGGCCAGUGCAACGAGCAGGUGGCAGACAUGAUGCGGUGCGUCAAGGUGGCGCUGCUUUGCGUGCAGGACAACGCCAUGGAUCGGCCGACGAUGUCGGACGUGACGGCGAUGCUGGGCCACGACGAGGUGCCCUUGCCGGAACCGAGGUGGCCGCCGCAUUUCCACCUCAGAGUCACCAGCGACGACGAAGAGGACCGAGUGGGUAGGUCGGGGACACGGUCGACACACUUUACCGGAUCGUGCAGCACCAACGACAUGACUAUCAGCACCAUCCAAGAAGGGAGGUGAUUGCUUUCUCCUAUUCCAGAUGUUGA